ACCGAGGGUACCGGGAUCUGCCGAAGUUUGCGGAAUGGCUGUACAUGUAGUGCAGUUCGGAAAAACGUUUACACACAAUUUGACUCUUAAAUAUCAAUUAACCGGAGCAUGUGCGUCCGCUUGCCGCCAUUUUGAAAACUUGGUGGAUGUGUAUUUGUCUUACACCGUGAAAACAAGAUAUUUAUGGAAUAGCAGGUAUUGAUAGCUGUAUAAUAUACAACUUCUAGCAGUUUGGAUAAAUCAAGAUGAGCGAUAUAGAUCCAAACAAGCUGAAAGUUGCCGAAUUGCGUGAAGAAUUGAAAUCGCGUGGUCUAGACACCAAAGGAACAAAACCGGUGUUGGUCAAGCGUUUAAAAAAAGCAUUAAACGAGGAAAAGGGUGGAUCAGUAGCUGAUGAAUCUGUUGACUCUGUCGCUGACGAUUCACAGGAGUCGUCAACGUUAGACGAUAGCACUGCACAGGAGACCCCCACAAAGAAUGAACAAGAAGAAAAAGCUUCAGCCCCAGAGAAACUUGAAGAAGAAUCUGUUGAGAAACCUGCUCCUGAAGAGGUAGUUGAAACUGAGCCAGAUGUUGCUACAAAAACUGAAGAAGUUGCACCUGUUCAGGAGGAAUCGCAAUCUGAACCAGUCAAGGCUGAAGAAGAACCAGUCAAGGCUGAGGAAGAACCAGUCAAGGCUGAGGAAGAACCAGUCAAGGCUGAGGAAGAACCAGUCAAGGCUGAGGAAGAACCAGCUACAGGCGAAGAUGAACCCAUGGCAACAGAAACUGAAGUGAGACAGGAUGAGUCAGAAACAGCGAAUGGUGUGGAAGUCAAAGAGGAAGCUGAUGAAGAAAUGAAAACUGUGGAGGAACUCUCAGAUGAUGAUAAAAAGAGGAGCAGGAAGCGAUCAAGGAGUCAGGACAGGCAUCGAUCCAGAUCACGCUCCAGAUCUCCAGAGAAAAGGCGAGGUUACAGUCCCAAAAAGAUAGAGAUGGAAGAUGACUCGUGGGAGUCCAUAACUGAUGUUAUUCUAGACAGAUUCAACUCCGACUUGAGUCUUAAAGUAAAUGAUGGUAAUCUCUCAGCUGUUCCGUACACUCAAGGAGGCUUCGCAAUGACGUGGACUGGCGUUCGAGCGAACUAUGGAGUCAAAGGGGGAAAAGUGGCUUUUGAAGUGAAACUGACUGAGAACUGUGACACCAGUCACCUGCCACCUGAUGAGCUUCACCCAAAUGUCCUCCGAGUCGGUUGGUCAGCAAACUCCACAUCUAUGCAAUUAGGAGAGGAAGCCAAAUCUUUUGGGUAUGGUGGUACAGGAAAAGCAGCCUCUGAGUGCAAGUUUGUUGACUAUGGACAGCAAUUUACUGAGGGAGAUGUUAUCACAGCAUAUCUGGACUUCGAUAUGGAUCCUGCUGAAAUCUUCAUAUCAUUUGCAAAAAAUGGAGACGAUCUAGGUGUUUGUUUUCCAUUUGAGAAAUCCAAAUUAGAUGAUGAGGCAUUAUUUCCUCACAUUCUAACAAAGAAUGUUGCAUUUGAGUGCAAUUUUGGGGCAUUGGAAGAGCCAUGGUUUCCCUUAAAAGAAGAAUUCACAUUCAUUGGCAAAGUCCCAGAGGCUGAGAGAUUUAGGGGCACAUUGCCUCCAGCCAAAAAAGAAGAGUGCGAGGUGAUAAUGAUGGUAGGCCUCCCUGCUUCUGGAAAAACAACAUGGGCGGAAAAACUCAAGGCUAAUCAAUCAGAGAAAAUGUACAACAUCCUUGGAACUAAUUUAAUCAUUGAUAAAAUGAGGGUGAUGGGCUUACCUAGGAAGAAGAACUAUGCUGGAAGAUGGGAUGUUCUUAUUGACAAAUCCACCAAAUGCUUAAACAAGUUGCUAGAAGUUUCUGCAGGAAAGAAAAGGAACUACAUCAUUGACCAGACAAAUGUGUACGCAUCCGCCCGAAGACGUAAAAUGCAGCCUUUUGAAGGUUUUCAACGUAAAGCAGUUGUGAUUGUUCCUACUGAGGAAGAUUAUAAAACUCGAUUAGAACUGCAAGGAAAAGAGGAAGGAAAAGAUGUACCUGAACACGCCAUUCUUGAAAUGAAAGCUAAUUUCUCACUGCCGGAGGAAGGAGUCCUGUUUGAUUCAAUUGAAUUUGUGGAGCAGGAACUAGAGCCUACCAAGGAACUUGUGGAGAAAUACAACAAGGAAGGCAAAGACAAUCUACCUCCUCCACAGAAGCGGUCCAAGUUCAGCGAUAACAGACACGAUCAGAUCACAACUGUGAACCGUAUUGUAGGUCGGGAUAACCGCAAUAGGAGAGACAACCGCUAUGGGGAUCGCUAUGGCGGCGGUGGCGGUGGUGGCUGGAGAGAUAACCGCCGCAGUGGUGGCGGUGGAUGGGGAGGAGAUAGGCGAGGAGGACGCUGGAAUGACCGCAGUGGCGGCAGCGGCAGUGGUGGUGGAUGGCGAGGUGGUGGUGGCGGCGGUGGUCGGGACAGAAAUGAUCGCCGCUGGUCAGGUGGAGGAGACAGGAAGGACAACAGGGACCGUCAUGGAGGAGGUGGUGGCAGAAACUUUGGAAGUGGUAGUUACAGUGGAGGAGGAAACAAGUGGAGUAGCCAAGGAAACCGUGGAGGAAACUGGGGUGGUAACCAAGGAAGCUGGGGAGGACAAGGAAGUUGGGGUGGUCAACAGGGAAGCUGGAAUCAAGGUGGAGGAUGGGGCAGUCAGAACCAAUGGAACCAGAGCCCCAAUCAAGGAUAUGGGCAAUGGAACUAUGCUCAGACAGGCUCGGGACACACUGGCCAGCAAGGGGGAUGGGGAAACCAAAACUAUUGGCAACAACAGCAGCAGCAGCAGCAACAGUAUGCUGCUAACCAGCAAUAUCAGCAGUGGUAUGGCCAGCAAGCCCAGAACUACUCCAGCGGCAGUGGCACCAAGUAGAUCUCCUCGGGACUGAGCGGGCAGCUUUCUCUUCAGUGUUGUUGUCAUUAUUUGGGAGUUCUUGUCUCCUUUUGUACAUACAAGACCCACCUACAUACUGAUAGGAUAAAGGGAUGGAUGAACUGAAAGCACUUGUCAUUUUCAUUUUUAUCGUUGGGUCGUAUAUAUACACAUGCUUGUAUGGAAAGUAAUUAUGGAAUCCUGUAGUAUACAGAUGUUGUUUUGAUGAUAGUAUUGGAGUGGAAUAUUCAAAAAAAAGAAAAAAAGAUUUUAAUCACAUCACAUGCAUUCUCAGUGUAGAUUAUCAUAUUUCCAUCUCAAAAAUUAUAUAGAUAAUGGAAUUAGUUUCCUUAGAUGUCAGGAAGAUCCUAUUGUAAUAUGGAGUUUUGGAUAUCUUUUUGUUUUUAUCAAAGUUAGGUAACAUUUUAUCAUUUGUAAAUGUUUCAUAGUAGUUUUAAAUGUUUUAUAUAACUUAUCACCAUACCUGUGCAUUCAGGUGUUUUAUUUUCAGGAGGCAAUCUGUUGCAUUCAGUUGCUGUUGCCUAUAUUGAGCAAAUAAAUGUAAAAAUAG